AUGAGCGGUCGAACUACAAGCAGUCUGCUCGCUCACCAGCGACAACAGCAGCCCGCCUCGACGCCCAUACCCCCUUCUUUGCAAGCCAAGUUAGCUGCAUUUGCCAAUCGUCAAUCGCCCAGCAUCGAUCAGGCAACAAGUGGUCUCCACAAUGUCAAUAUCAAUGACCACCCAUCCUCCUCAACACCCCCCUCACAUCCAGCUCUUCGAGCAGCUGCUUCCUAUCCACCCCCUACAUCGGCUUUUUCUACAAGGCCAGCUUUAGGCGCAGCAAAGCCAGCUGGUUUAGCUGCAAGGCGAGCUAAAGCAGCGUUUAAUGUCCGUGACAUCAAUCCGAAUGCUCUCCCUACCCCUGCUAGCGGAGGGGCAAGUGCUGCCGGAUUGGGCGCAGGUCGGCCUCAGCUUCCGCCGCAGCAAGAGGUCAAGAGAGGACCGUUGGCUACUGCUUCUUUCGGAAGUUCGUUUGCAAGCUUCUCCAAGAUCGUGUACGCUUUCCCCCCAGUCCCCGAAAACUCACCCCUCAUGCUAUUUUUACGUUGA